AUGGUUAAGUUCAAAACUGUCCUAUGUUUCCUAUCUUCUCUCGUAAUUAUCGGAGAAGUUUUCUCGCGUGUCGUAUUACUACAUAACAACAAAUGGAAUCCGCAUUACGGUAAUUAAUUUUUCGAAGAACAUUACUCAAUAAAUGCAAUAUGCUUUCAGGAAAUCCCGGAGUAAAGCUGAGAUUAACUCAAAGAGGAGCAGAGCACGUGAAGAAUGUAGGUGUAAAGUUGCUGAAUGAAAAAUUGGCCACUUUGGAAGGCUUCCAUGUUCAACAUGCCUUCUCUCAGCCUGGCCUUGAAGGAUAUAUUUAUGUGAAUGACAUCAAAACGCUGGCUUUCCAGCCCCCACAAGCUUCUAGAAUCAAUUUCGCAGCUCCGUCAUUUAUCAUCUUUUCCAUCGAAAACACGGCAAUUUCGUAAGUUGAAAAUGUGAAAAUUAUUUAUUGACCGCAGCCAAUAUCUUAAUUUAUUUAUCUCCAGACUAGCCGGAAGAUUCCUUGGAGUUGCCGGGGCUGGAGUUUUCCAGGUUCCCGGCCAGGUCAGUGGCCAUAUGUCUGGCAUGUCCGUAUCAUUAACCACUUCAUUCCGCGCUACUCCUGACGGUCUUAUGUCUGUAAAUGUUGUCAACUGUUCUACCGUAAUCCAACAAAGUAAUUUUGUGUUAAAUCCAGAAGGACCUUUGAGCACAAUCGUGAAAACAUUUGAGGUAUGGUGAUCGUCGGAGAGUAUUUAUUUUAAUUUGUGAAACGUUUAGGCUCAAAUUAACGAUGUGAUCCGUCAGCGGAUUCCUUCCAUCUUCUGCAAAGGUCUUCAGGACAUUAUAGAAAAAAAUUCUCCAAAUCUCUUCAGAAGAUUAGCCACGGCCCAACUUCAGGAGCAUUUCCAGGGAUUUAAUUCGUCCGAAGUAAUCGAGAGUUUCAUUCGAAGAUUCACUCAUGGUCUUUAUAUCGAUGGAAGUAACAUCGCCGACCCUAUUGUUACCAAUGAAUUCUUUGAAACUCAGCAGAGAGGUAUGUCAAGACGAACAAAACAGCAUCUCUUAGGCGAAUUACGGUAUAAUGACAGCCAAGCGUCGGCUCCAUUCUAUCCACCGCCAAUUCCCCAGGACAAUGAUUCUGAUCGGAUGCUGUAUCUGUAUGGUUCUGAAUACACCCUCAACUCGCUCUUAUAUCAUGCUUAUCAAUCAGAUAAGCUGACAAUUAAGGUAUCACACUUUUUUCUUCGUUAAUAACAGCACCUUUGAUUUAGAUAGAACAAAAAACAUUAUCCCCGCAGUUCAAAGGAUUUGUGAGGACAACUUGCGAUGCCAAAGGCGAUGGCAAAGGAGACCUCGCCAGCUCGAUUUGCGUGGGAAUAUUAAUCCCUAAGAUCGCUGAAGCCUACCCUAACACAACAACAAAGUUUGUCCUCUUGCCUCACGGCUUGCCGGAGAUGAGAUUUACCGAUGGGGUCAGUUCGAUGGACUUGCGAAGUAAGACAAACAUAAUUAUGAAAGACUGUUUAGCCCGUAUUUUAACAUAUGUGGAUGAUAAUGGUGUCGAUCGACAAAUUCUCGUCUCGUCAGCUGAUGGAUUAGCAGAUAUUAAGCUAAUGGCUGAAGAUGGAAGGUUCAGCGGGGAUCUGAAGCUUCGGAAGCUGAAUGUCAGACUUCAUCGUAGCGGAAUAUCUGGCGUGGAGCCAGAUUCGAUUGCUCAACUCGCCCCUCUGGCAAAAACUUUCUUAGGUCCGCAGUUGGCAAAGGGCCUAAAACAAGGAUUACCAUACCCACUGAAGGUAGAGUUUUACUGUCGGCUAUUGAACUAUUGAUUUUAGGAUUCAAUUACAUUCAUCGAUCCUAAAUUAACUCUUCAAGAUGGAUAUGUCCGACUUGCAACAGAUUUUGAAUUGGGUGAGAGUAAUCUCCGCAGCAAAGUGUUUGAAGCCUUUGAGAGAAUCAAGAAUUCCCAAUAA